GAACAGGUGGAGUGGAUCUCGACGUGGCUCAGCGUCGUCACAAGACACCUCUCCAGUAAGGCGAGCAGCAGUAGGAGGAGGAGACGCACGAUCAUCGGCCAUUCUCGCCUUGUACAAAAACUCAUUUUCGGCGUCGGUUGUUGCGCUGAGUAAACAAGCGCCGCCCGGUGCUCGAACGAUCCAUCGCAACGCGCCGGGCUCGAUUGACACUGUCUGCUGAUCUGCGUGCUGGCUUGCCCAUCGCUCGCAAUAACAAGGCUGCUCGCUAAUUCCCCGUGCGAAGAGCCUCCAAAAAAAGCCCACAGUCGCCGGUGCCAGCAGCCCGCUAUGGCUUCGGGAGACCUUUACGAGGUGGAGCACAUUGUGGACAAGAGGCGAAAUAAGAAGGGAAAGUGGGAAUACCUAAUUAGAUGGAAGGGCUAUGGAAGUAAAGAGGACACCUGGGAGCCAGAGCACCACCUACUGCAUUGCGAGGAGUUCAUUGAUCGCUUCAACAGUUUGCAACUCCAUUCUGACAAACAGCCCAAAAUUCCCAAAAGUACGACCAAUGGCCACCCAGCAGCCAUAGAAAACCCCCGAGCUCGGUCUGAAGCACGAAAGAAGAAAAGCAAUAGUGAGACAGCUGUCGGUGUUCAAGGAGGAACUGUUCAAGGGAUUGGAAGUAGAGGCUUAGGACAUGUUCACAAACCGGUGAAUGUGGGCAUACAAGACAAAUUGGGCAAAGCCAUGAGGUUUAAAACUCCGCAAAUAGGAGCCACUCGCUUUGUGGCCCAAGUGAGAGAACCUCAUAAUGGACUCUUGAAUGGAGAUGUGGAGCCACAUGUUUACAGGACAGCUUCAAGGUCACACAGCGCAUCCUCAAACAGAGUGGAUGGAGAUCUGGAUGAAAUAGAUACGACUGACUUGGGCUCCCCUCUGGCCAAUGGUAAAAUGCAUCUGCACAGCUCAGUAAAACGCAAGCUGGUAGAGAACAAGUGCUACGUGUUUGACAAGCGGCUCAGGUACAACGUACGACAGAACGAGAGCAACUGUCGAUUUCGGGACAUCGUAGUCCGGAAGGAGGAUGGUUUCACGCAUGUCCUUCUUUCCAGCCAAACAACGGAUAACAACGCUCUGACACCAGAGAUCAUGAAGGAGGUGUGUCGGGCUCUCGGUAAUGCAGCGGCCGAUGACAGCAAACUGUUAUUGCUCAGCUCUGUGGGGACUAUCUUCUGCAGUGGGUUAGAGCCAUCCUACCUGAUAGGCCGUCUGUCCACCGACCGCAGGAAAGAGAGCAGUCGCAUUGCAGAUGCCGUAAGGGACUUUGUGAUGGCAUUCAUACGCUUCAAAAAGCCCAUAGUGGUGGCAAUCAACGGGCCUGCCCUGGGCUUGGGGGCUUCUAUCCUGCCCCUGUGUGAUGUGGUUUGGGCCAGUGAGAGAGCCUGGUUCCAGACUCCCUGCGCAGCGCUUCACCUCACCCCCUCUGGCUGCUCCUCUUAUACUUUCCCGCAAAUCCUCGGUGUGGCUCUGGCCAAUGAGAUGCUGUUCUGUGGUAGAAAGCUGACAGCACAAGAAGCUUGCAAUCGAGGUCUGGUGUCACAGGUAUUCUGGCCAACUACAUUUAAUCAGGAAGUGAUGCUGCGUGUGAAGGAGAUGGCGUCGUGCAAUGCCGUGGUUUUAGAAGAAUCCAAAUGCCUGGUUCGGAGCAUCCUCCUGCGUGUUCUGGAGGAAGUGAAUGAGAAGGAGUGUCAGAUGUUAAAGCAGCGUUGGUGUUCAACCAAAGGACUGGAGGCGCUCUUCAGCUACCUACACAACAAAACGUAUGAGAAGUGACCUCAAACUAAAGAUACAGUUUGAUGUAAGCCUUUGUUGCCGUCCAUCAGCAGAGAACAAUCCCGGGAUUGAGUUUGCUUCCAACAAGUUGUUCUGGAUCAGGUUUAUAAAAGAGAGUUUUAAAUUGGACCAUCCAGAUGUUGCAUGUCCUUUCGAAAGGUCUAAGGGACCAAAAGUGCUUUAGUUUCAUAUAGUGUAAACAGGGCUCUCGGGGGAAGCUACAGUGUGUUCUGUACCAAUGUGAGAAACAAUCCAGAUUAAGGGGGGAAAAAUUGUCUGAUUGCAUAUGACAAAGUGAUUAUAUAUAUAUAUAUAUAUAUAUAUAUAUAUAUGAAUGAAUGUAUAUACUUCAUACAUAUUUAAGUACAAAAGUUAUUUUCUGUAUAUAAGAGCUUUAUUUUAGUUCUUCAGUUGCCUGCUAUUUUUAAGAAGAAGAAGAAGAAGAAGAAGAAGAAAACAGUGAAAACCAAAGUUUACAUGAGGACACUGUUUCUUUAUCCUUAACAUUCCUCUCAGGCUACGGAAAUGUUUUUCUCAGCAUCUCAGUUCUGGUGUCUACAAUAAAUAUGAGUUUUUGUGGGCAAAUUAAUCGAUGAUUUGGUAAUUGAUCAUUCUGGUGAUUGUGUGGAAUUGGCACUGUUCACUCGGAAGAACAACAUUAUGUCAGGUUGUGAUGUUAGAGUAACAUCCCCACUAACCCACUCUUCUGGGCAGCAUUAUUCUGCUCAAUACUAAAAAACAUCAUCAGCCACUUUUUAUGAUCACAAAUCACUGUUAGGUCAUAUGAAGUAGUAGCAAGUAAUAUAUUUUGGAAGAAUAAACCUAGUUCUUUUUUUCUCAUAAAUAUCUUAACCCCAAGUAUAAUCUGACUUUGAAUGAUCAACAACUGUUCUGUAUGAGCAAAAGUCUUGGGGAACACCUAUUAAACCACUACGCCCGUUUUUUUAAAGACUAGGCCCCUUAGUUCCUCAUGAAUAUUAAUUGUUCAUCUUAUCUAGAUAUUUUUGCCAAUUCUAUGCUUCCAACUUCGUCGCAACGUUCUGUGAAAAAGAUAGUUUCAUUCACAGUGCAAAGAGCAUUAAAGAGGCAUGCUUGGAGAAGUUUGGUGCAGAAGAAAUUUAUCAAACACAAUUGGGAUAACUAGAACAGACGGACAAUGACCUCUGACUUCACAAAUGUUCUAACAUAAAAUCUCACUGGACCACUUCAAAAUGUUGUAGAGUCAUCCCAAAACGUUGGAGGUGCAAAGUGGGGACAAUAUCUGUGUUUUUCUUCCAUUUUAAUUUUCUGAUUUGGGGUCCCAUUACUUUACUAUCCACAUUAGCUUAUGUCGUAUUCAACAUCCUCUGCUUACUGUCACUUAGCAGUUUUAAUGGAGUAGAUAAGUGAAAGAAUUGUUCGACUAUUGUUGCAAGCUUGAAAUUUUGUAUAUACACUCUUCGAAUCCCACUCUUUAAAAAAAUGUCCACUGCUCACACAAAAUUCCAAGAUGGCAGCCCCAAAAUCCAAGAUGUCUGCCCAAAAAAUGUAAUUUUCAUUCCUUUAUAACUCAAAAUGAAUUGAUUAUAGGCCCCAAAAAUGCACUAAAGUUGAAAAUCAAAUUGGGUAUUGGGGAUAUUCUUACAUUUCUUGCGCUACAGCAUAGGCAUGUUUCCAGACUCAGGAAGGAAAGCAAAAAAUGGGUUUAUUAGCUGUAACUUUUACUUUUUUUUUUUUUUUUUUUAAAUCCACAGAUGCAUUAAAGUUGAAUACAUAUAUGGCUCUUGUUGACAUUUUGCUAUCACAAGCAUUCAUGUAGCCAUUAUAAUUCUUGAGCUACAGCAUGAAGUACAUACCUCUGUGAGUUGACAAAAAAUGGGUUUAUCAGUCAUGAUUUUGAAACUAUUGAUUUUCUGCUUCAGAAGUACAUUGAAACUGAUGAUGGCACUUUUGUGGUCUUAUUUGUAGAUAUACUGAACUGUUCCAUAAGUGUUUCAUACAUGCCAUCAAUAAAUAGGAUCUUCUACCAAAAUGUCCACUAUAGCCAUAUUUAUAUUUGAUUUGAAUACAUUUGUAUAUAUUAAAUAAUAUAUAUUUUCUCAAAGUUAUGGUUCAUAAACCCAUUUUUUUUAUCUCUGUAAAAGAGAGGUAUUGAGACUGUAAAAGUACCUAUAUGCUUACAUAUGCUAUAUGUAAAAGUACCUACAUGCUUCUAGAACCAUAAUAGAUACAAACAUGCCUUGGUACCCAACUUUAUAUUCAACUUUAGUACAUUAUGGGGCUUAAAAUCAAUGCAUUUCGAGUCAUAAAGGGGAAAAAAAUUAUAAUUUGUGCGGACAUCUUAGAUUUAAGAAUUUGCGUGACCAGCGGUAUUUUUAAAAGAGAGUGAUUUGAAAAGUAUAUAUAACAAAUUUCAUGCUUGUUAUGAAUGUCAUCUGCUCUAAUAUAUGAGGUUAUUUUCACGUUCAUUUAUCCUUGAUUUUUGUUUUUGGUUCUUGUUCUGUCCAUUUGUCUGUCCAUGGUAUUGACAUACGUAAAACACACUGGAAGUCUACUGAAAUCUUCAUUCACUUUGGCCCUAGAGCAGAGUGACUUAAGGUUAAAUGAGAGUACUAACUAUAAGACACAGCCUAUAGUGUAAGUUCAAUAAUGGAAAGAUUUGCACUGGAUUCCAUCCCAUUUUUGGGAGAAAAUAUCCACAAAAUAUGGCUUGCAGGUUUAAAUGGAGAUGUGAAACGUUUGAUGUCUGUACAAUCAUGAUAUUUAUUGACAGUCUUGUUUAGUACUAAUUGUCAAGUAAUCAGAUUGUGGUUCAGGUAAUUUGUCAGUGAUCAGUGUUGUGAGUCGCUGUCAGGAAUUUAUGUAUCAGCAUGUGAUGACUGAUGAGAGGUUCUAUUUUGAUGUGUUAUGUUUAGGAUCUAUUUUGUUUUACCAAAUAUAUAUACUAUAUGAAAUAUGUGGAAACUAUUUUGUAAAAAAAAAAAAAUAAUGUGUAGACUGCCAUACUUGGAGCUUGUUGCAUGUAAGAUACUGUAAAUAAUAUGAAUGUGUGGCCUGUUAUUUCUGAGUAUAUUUUGUACUUGCAUUGUAAGUAGCAUUUGAAGAUGUUGGUUGUACGUAUGUAUGUUUAUUUUUGUAUUUAUGCAAGGGAAGGUGUGCUUUGUUUCUGAGACACCCUGAUUCUAAAUAACCUUUUAUUAACCAUUUAAGAUUAGAUGUAUUGAACAAAAAGGGUUGGAGAAGUGGCUAUAUUAUUCCUAAGUAAGAAUAUUUAUUUUAAAUCUUGACUAAAAUGCAAUAUAUGAUAGUAUAGUAUAGUCAUUUGUGAAGUUGUGAAAGGCUUGUUGAAGAACACCCCCCCCCCCCCCACCCCCCAAAAAAAUAAAACUUCCACAAAAUAAAAGACAAGUUAAAUGCA